GUUAGCAACAUAAAUAAGAACCAUAGAAUGCAGAAUUAGUCUCAAGAAACUAAGCGUUUUCACGCACUGAAGGUUACAUUUAACCUUCAGGAGUCUGAGUAUUCAAAGUGAUAGUUUGCUCGUCGGAAAAGCCAAGAAUGGUCAGCCGCGGUGGCGAUGCAGUACCUAAUCAGUCUGUGUCACCGGAGAGGCCUCAUGCAAAUCUUGAUAUACAUGUAACUGAAGAAGAAAAUGAUUGCCCGAUCGAGCAAGUGCGGCUAACGGUUUCACCCACGGACGAUCCCUCCCUUCCAGUCCUGACUUUCAGGACAUGGUUUCUCGGCUUGUUGUCAUGCAUUAUGCUUGCAUUCCUGAACCAGUUCUUCGGCUAUCGACAGAACAGCCUGUACAUUUCUUCUGUGACAGCACAGAUUAUCACUCUCCCUAUCGGAAGGUUGAUGGCAUCCACUCUUCCUACGAAAACAUUUCAUGUGCCAUUUACGACGUGGUCGUUCUCGUUGAAUCCAGGACCCUUUAAUCUCAAAGAACAUGUUCUUAUCACAAUAUUUGCUGGGUGUGGUGAUGCCGGUGUUUAUGCUGUGAGUAUCAUCACCAUUGUUAAGGCAUUCUAUCACCGGCAACUUCAUCCAUUGGCGGCAUGGUUUCUGUCUCACACUACACAGUUGCUGGGAUAUGGGUGGGCUGGUAUAUUUAGGGACACCCUAGUGGACUCCCCAUAUAUGUGGUGGCCUGAAAACAUGAUUCAGGUGUCCCUAUUCAGAGCAUUACAUGAAAGGGAAAAAAGACCAAAGGGAGGACUUACCAGACUACAAUUCUUCUUGACAGUUUUUGUGUGCAGCUUUGCUUAUUACAUAAUUCCAGCUUAUUUAUUCCCUUCAUUAUCUGCCAUUUCUGUCCUCUGUUUGAUUUGGAAGAAAUCCAUAUUUGCGCAACAACUCGGGUCAGGUCUACAUGGACUGGGAAUUGGUUCGUUCGCUUUAGACUGGUCUUCUAUUGUUAGUUUCAUAAGCAAUCCUAUAUCUUCACCCGCAUUCGCAAUUAUUAAUACCCUUGUGGGAUUUUUCCUGGUAAUGUAUGUUUUAAUUCCCCUUGUUUACUGGCUCAAUGCAUACGAGGCCAAGAAGUUUCCUAUCUUCUCCUCCCACAAGUAUGAUUAUACAGGAAAUAUUUACAAUAUUUCGCGUGUUUUGGAUAAGAAAACGUUUGACCUUGAUGUAGCUGGAUUUGAAAGUUACAGCAAACUCUAUCUUAGCGUUUUCUUUGCCUUCACUUAUGGCCUUGGCUUUGCCAGCCUAGCUGCUACUAUCUCACAUGUGGGACUUUUCCAUGGAUCAACAAUUUGGGAAUUCUGGAGCAAAGCAAAGACGGAAAAAGGGGACGUGCACACAAGAAUAAUGAAGAAGAACUAUGCAGCAGUUCCUGACUGGUGGUUUUAUGUGAUACUAGCUGUAGUGUUCGCUCUUGCGCUGUUAGCAUGCGAAGGUUUUGGCAAACAACUCCAGCUCCCAUGGUGGGGACUCCUAUCAGCCUGUUCAAUUGCUUUCUUCUUCACAUUGCCAAUUGGAGUAAUACAAGCCACAACAAAUCAGUACCCCAUCUCAUUCCCAAUCAUCUCAAUUGUUUCUAAAGGCACCCUACAGUCAACUGACAGCAUCAAUAACUUCCUCAAAUUCUUAACCAAAAUGGGUUCCAUUUGCACCGUUGCUUCAGCUUCCAAAUCUGCAAUCUUUUUUGCCUUCUCGCUAAGCAUAACUGCAGGUGGUGACUUGUCAAUUUUGCCACCAAUAACGACGAAAAUGGAUGGGUAUUUUUCAAUGACAGCCAUAUAA